AUGCAGCCAAGUUCUAUGACAAAUGCUUUGAGAGCAGAACUUAAAGAUUAAUAGAGGGCAUAAUUAUAAGGCUCUUAUCAAUAAUAUGAAGCAUCUCUCUUUGGACAAUAAGUCCCUGUUUAAUAAUAAUAAUAAAUUUAAUAAUAACAACAAUAGUAGUAGUUUAUCUAGCAAAUCCCAUAAAACUAAUAAUAUCCAAACAAUAUUAAUAGGGUGAACAUUUCCAAAAAUAAUGUCAAAUAACAACAAUCAAGUUAAGGGCUAUUUGGAUAAGUUAAGGAUUAUUUUAGUAAUUUAUUUGGAGGUGAUCCUCAGUAUUAAUAUAAAUACGAACCUAAAUCAUAAUAUGAUGAUGAUGACGAUAUCUUAUAGCAAUAUUAAAAACAAGGUGGAUUGCCAGUGAAUAUUGAAGAUAUGAUUGAGCUAAAAGUUGAAGCAUAAUAUGAUUAUUGCAAACUAAAAAAGUCAGAAAAAUAAAUUAUACCAGCGAUGGUAAGCAUCAUUACUAAAGAUAUUGAAUAAUAUGCCAAAAACAAUUCUUCAAUUGAGGCAGGCAUUGAUUUAAUAUGUGUUAUUGAUAAAAGUGGAAGUAUGAGUGGAUAAAAAAUUGAAAGUGUCCAAUAAUCUCUUGUAUAAUUAUUGAAUUUCCUUAGUGAAAAGGAUAGAUUAUGUCUCAUAGUAUUUGAUGGAGGAGCAAAAAGACACACUCCAUUAAAGACCUUGACGGAAGGAAAUAAAAAAUAUUUUAAAGGUGCUAUAGCUGCUAUAUCUGCUGGAGGAUCAACUAAUAUUGCAGCAGGUACUGACAUUGCAUUUUAGCAAAUCCAAUAAAGAAAAAUGAAGAAUUAAGUCACUUCCAUAUUUCUAUUGUCUGAUGGUUAAGACUCUGGAGCAGCUGAGCGUAUCCAAAAAUAAAAGGAUAGGAUUAGUGAUGUAGUAACUAUCCAUUCAUUUGGCUAUGGAAAUGAUCAUGAUGCUGAUUUGAUGUCCAAAAUUUGCAAAGUAGGACAAGGAAGUUUUUAUUAUAUUGAAAAUGUGAAAUUGUUAGAUGAAUUCUUUGCAGAUGCUUUAGGUAGAUUAUCUUCAGCUUUGGCAGAGAAGGUUUAAAUUGACAUUAAAUGUGCCCCACAAAUACCCUAUCAAGAUGUAUAAAUCCAAAAAACAUAUGGUGAUAUGUGGAAAUCAUUUGAAUAAGGCAGAUUCUAUUAGAUUAAUGUUCCUUAGAUUGCUUCAGAUUCUAGAAAAGAUUAUGUUUUUGAAAUCGCACUCCCUCCUUUUACAGACUAAAUCCUAGACGAAUAAAGAGUUCCUUAAGUUGUUCAAGUUUAUUUAUAAUUCAAUAACACAUUUUCAAAACAAACAUACUAAAAGGUUUCAUCCUUAUAGCUCAAAUUAUAUAAUGAAGAGGAAUAAAUUGGUGAAAAUGAUCCGAAUGCAGAUGUCACCAGAGAAUUCUUACGUGUUUAAGCCACAGAAGCCAUUGAAUAAGCUAGAAUGAAAUGUGAUUAAUUCAAAAACGAAGAAGCUGAAGAUAUGUUAGAAAAAAUGAAGUAAAAUAUUCUAACUGAUUAAAAAAUGGCAAAAGUAUCUGCUUAAGCCAUUCUUGAUAUUGAUUAAGCUAAAAAUGCAAGUAAAAGAGCUAAUUACUAAAAUUUCGGAAAGAAAUAAAUGUUUUAGAUGGAAGUGAACAAUUAUUAGUAAGAGGGAUUGAAUGCCCAAUUUGAUUAAUUAGGUCAAUAGAUGUAAUAAAUUGAUCAAGGAAUGUUUUAGAAUAGAAAACAACUCAAAAUGGUGUAGGAAGUGUAGAAAAAGAAAUAUUGA